AGGCUCAAUUAAUCACUCUGCAGAGCUACUGAGACAAACCUCUCUUCCUUCUAAUAAAUGGCUGAAGCUCCUUACCCUCCUCAUGGCUCUUGGAAGGAAAGGAAGAGCAGGAGCUUCCUUUGCCCAUUCUCCACCAUCAGGAGAGCUACAAAUAAUGCUUUUAAAACUAUCAACGUUUUAGUGAAGGUCAACCAUGAUGUCAGCUUAUUCUGCAGCCGGGCAUUACUCUUCCUGGUUCUAGAUGUGUGCUCCGGCACCAUUGUGAACAAAUGGCACUUCAAUCCAGCCAACACUGCAAAGGUUGCCAAGAUGUCCAUGAAAGAGAGGUCAGUUGUUCUUGUGUGCUUGGGAGGCAUUGCAGAAGGACCAGGAGAAACUGAGAUUCUCAUCAGGUUCAGCAAAGCCUGUCAUUUUUCACAAAGAAGGUCUUUGGAAGAUAAAGAACAUUGAAGAGAGUGUCACACCUCAAGAUGUCCAUGCAAGUCAGCUUUGUUUUGCUUCUCUUUGUGCUGCUGGCUAUAUGGAGAGCAAUGGCCUCAUCCUGUCCUGACCAGGACCCACAACUGAAACUCUGGACCCCUGGACAUGAUGAAGAGAAUUUCGUAAAUAUCAGCCAUGGCCAAGAGCUCCUGUUAGCUUCCUCUGCAACUGUCCAUUCCAUCCACAUCACAAACGGAGGGAAGCUGAUCAUUAAAGACAACACAGGCCCCAUUGUUUUGCGCACUCGACACAUUCAGAUUGAGAAUGGUGGGGAGAUGCAUGUUGGGAGCGAGAGCUGUCCUUUCCGGAGUAACCUGACAAUCAUCUUGUAUGGACGGGCUGAUGACAGUGUCCAGCCAGACAGUUACUUUGGCCAGAAAUAUAUUGGGGUUGGCAGUGGCGGCACUCUUGAGGUUCACGGUGAAAAGAAGCUCUCCUGGACGUUUCUCAACAAGACCAUGAAUCCUGGUGGCUUGCAGGAAGGCGGCUAUUACUUUGAGCGAAGCUGGGGCCAUCGUGGCAUCAUCGUCCACGUGAUUGACCCAAAGAUGGGAUCGGUUAUCCAUUCUGAUAGGUUUGACACGUAUAAACUCAAGGGCGAGAGCCUCCGCCUUGUCCGGUACUUGAAUGCAGUUAACGAUGGCAUGAUCUUGUCGGUUGCGGUGAACGACGAAGGAUCCCGAAGCCUGGAUGAUUCAGCUCGGAAAGCGAUGACCAAGCUGGGCAGCAAGCAUUUCCUCCACCUUGGUUUUAGACAUCCCUGGAGUUUUAUUACCGUAAAGGGGACCCCUUCUUCUUCAGUUGAAGACCACAUAGAAUACCAAGGAUUCAAAGGGUCAGCUGUAGCCAAAGUAUUUAAACUAUUUCAGGCUGAGAAUGGAGAGCAUUUUAAUGUGUCUUCGACCAGUGAGUGGGUUCAAGAUGUUGAGUGGACAGAGUGGUUUGAGAAGCCAGAAAAGGCAAAAUCCAAAGGUGGAGAAAGACUGUUUGAUUUCAGAGCGGCUCACCCAGAAGUCUGUGAUCACCCUGUCGAUAUGCAGGCAGUCACACUGGAUGGAGCCAAACUGACAACUGAGGUUCUCUACAAAAGUGGCCGUGAUUAUAGGUUUUUCUGCCAUGGCCCAGAACAGACUGAUGGAAGCUGCCAAAACUACAGAGUGCGUUUUUUAUGUGGUAAAAAUGUGAGACCAAAGCUUACUGUAACCAUUGACACAAACGUGAACAGCACCAUUUUAAGAUUAGCGGAUGAGGGGCAGUCAUGGAAGGCUGGAGAUAGAAUUGUGGUGGCCAGUACCGAUUAUUCCAUGAACCAAGCUGAAGAAUUUCAGAUCUUGCCUUGCAGGAAGUGUCGACUCAAUGAAGUCAAAGUGGCAGGGAAAGCGACCUACCUUCACACAGGGGAGGAAAUUGAUGGCGUUGACAUGAGGGCAGAAGUUGGUCUGCUGAGCCGUAACAUUGUGGUGAUGGGAGAGAUGGAGAAGGGUUGCUACAAUUACAACAGUGGCCUCUGUGCCUUCUUUGAUUUUGACACCUUUGGAGGACACAUCAAGGUUGCUCUUGGGUUUAAAGCCGUGCACAUGGAAGGGGUAGAGCUGAAACACAUGGGCCAGCAGUCCCUGGGACACUACCCAAUCCACUUCCACAUGGCUGGAGACGUGGACGAGAAGGGAGGCUACGACCCACCCACCUACGUCAAAGACCUUGCUAUCCAUCACGCCUUCUCUCGUUGUGUGACUAUCCACGGCUCCAAUGGCUUACUGGUCAAAGAUGUUGUUGGCUAUGACACCUUGGGCCACUGCUUCUUCACUGAAGAUGGGCCUGAGAUACGCAACACAUUUGAUCAUUGCCUCGGACUGAUGGUGAAGCCCAGCACAUUGCUACCAUCUGAUCGGGACACAAGGAUGUGCAAGACCAUUACAGAAGGAGCGUACCCCGGAUAUGUCCCCAAACCUAGACAGGACUGCAAUGCCGUGUCCACCUUCUGGCUGGCCAACCCGCACAACAACCUUAUGAACUGUGCAGCUGCAGGAUCUGAAGAAACUGGAUUUUGGUUUGUUCUGCAUCAUGUGCCAACGGGACUGUCUGCAGGAAUGUAUCCCCCUGGAUACUCGGAGCACCUUCCAAUGGGAAUGUUCUAUAACAAUCGGGCACAUUCCAACUAUCGAGCUGGAAUGAUAAUUGACAAUGGCGUUAAAACAACCCCAGCCUCUGCCAAAGACAAACGACCCAUCUUGACCUUGAUUGCUGGGAGAUACAGCCCCCAUCAAGAUGCAGACCCACUGAAGCCCAGGGAACCGGCCAUGAUUCAACGUUUUAUUGCUUACAAAAACCAAGAUCAUGGAGCCUGGCUGAGGGGAGGGGACGUGUGGCUGGAUGACUGCCAGUUUGCAGACAAUGGCAUUGGGCUCACUUUGGCUAGCGGUGGAACCUUCCCACAUGAUGAUGGUUCAAAACAAGAAGUAAAGAACAGCCUGUUUGUCGGUGAAAGUGGGAACACCGGGACUGAAGCCAUGGACAACAACGUCUGGGGGCCCGGAGGCCUGGACCACAGUGGGCGGACUCUUCCAAUUGGACAGAAUUUCCCAAUCAGAGGGAUUCAGUUUUACGAUGGGCCAAUCAAUGUCCAGAACUGCACCUUCCGGAAGUUUGUUGCACUGGAGGGUCGCCACACCAGUGCCCUAGCAUUCCGGCUGAACAAUGCUUGGCAAAGCUGCCCAAAUAACAACGUCACAAACCUACACUUUGAAAAUGUCCCGAUUACUUCUAGAGUAUUCUUCGGAGAACCAGGGCCCUGGUUCAAUGGGCUAGAUAUGGAUGGGGACAAAACGUCAGUAUUCCAUGAUGUAGAUGGAUCUGUAUCUGAAUAUCCUGGGUCAUAUCUCAUCAAGGAAGAUAACUGGCUGAUCCGGCAUCCAGAUUGUAUUGACGUACCAGACUGGAGGGGCUCUGUCUGUAGUGGACAUUAUGCACAGGUAUACAUCCAAGCCUACCGAUCACCUAAUCUGCAAAUGAAGAUAAUAAAAAAUGACUACUAUACCCAUCCUCUGUACUUGGAGGGGGCUCUGAGCAAAAGCACCCACUACCAGCAAUAUCAACCAGUGAUAACUCUGCGGAAAGGCUACACUAUCCAUUGGGACAAGGUGGCUCCUGAGGAACUGGUUCUUUGGCUGAUUAAUUUCAACAAGAACGACUGGAUCCAAGUUGGGCUUUGUUAUCCAAAAGGGACAACAUUUUCCAUUCUCUCAGACAUCCACCAUCGCCUUUUGAAGAAAACUGAAAAAACAGGAGUUUUCUACCCAUCUCCUCAAAUGGACAGACUUGAGUAUCGAUACCCUACAAAAGGAUACUACUAUUGGGAUGAUGAAACCGGAUUGCUGUUUCUCAAGCUAAAAGCUCAGCAUGAGAAAGAGCCAUUUGCCUUCUGUUCCAUCAAGGGCUGUGAGCGCAUCAGGAUCAAAGCCAAUCUCCCCAAGAGAGCACAGAUCAGUGACUGCCAAGCUAAAGCCUAUCCAAAGUAUGCAGAGAAACCCUCGGUCGAUGUGCCAAUGCCCAAGAAGCUGCCUGGCACACAAGUGGACCAUUUUGUGGAGCUGAAAGUGGAAAGCUACAAGACCAGAUACUUGCAUCUUAAGGACGAUUUUGCUUAUAUCUCAGUUGACGGCAAGAAGUUCUCUCUCUCUGAAGAUGGUAUCCAGGUAGUUGUGGUGGAUGGGCACCAUGGGAAAGUGGUUGACCAAAGGAGCUUCAGAAACGCUAUCCUCCAAGGAAUCCCUGGGCAGAUAGAUAAUUAUGUCAGCAACAUCAAAGACAACUCUAUCGUGGUAAUGAUGUCUAAAGGAAGGUUCAUUGCAAGAGGCCCAUGGACAAAAGUCCUGGAAAAGCUUGGAGCAGAGAGAGGCUUUAAGUUGAAAGAUAAAAUGGCUUUUGUUGGAUACAAGGGCAGCUUCCAGCCCUUCUGGGUCAGGCUGAGCACCGAUGAUGAAGCGGUGAAGAUCUUUCAAGCUCUACCAGUUCCUGUGGUGAAGAAGUUGAAGUUGUGAAGAUCAUGGUCCACCAUUUUUUGCACAUCCUUAACAGCAGAAGGACUACUGGGCUGUGGCAACUCUGAGAAGUAGUAUUUUUGUUGCUGUAUAUAAGAUCUUAUUGCAAGAGUCUAGCAGCCACAUCAGAAAACCAGCAUUCCUUGGGCAGGUUUAGUGGCCAAAAGAUUGUUGCUCUCUCCCACAAGCACAAUACAUUUAACUCCCCAAUGCCACAUUACUUUUCUCUCAGGUAGUGGAUUUGAGCUCUCUAAUGGAUAUGGCAAAGGCUAACAUCUCAACAGGCCACAUUCUGUUUUGGAUGUUCAGACAGCUAAGAUGGGGAAGAGAAAUUGUAAGCUAAUACUCUGCAGUAAUUCAAACAUGCAAAGUUGAACUUGCGACAGUUUGGAAAGAAAUGAUAAAUACCUUGUUGAUGUUGGUGUUCCCCCAAACUUCUUCCACUUAGUCUUGUGUGUGGGCUGGACUGCUCCAAGGAUAUGCUCAAAGCUGCAGAAUGUGGAAUUGCUGAUGCAGAACGCAGAAAUAUGAAGAAUAAAGAGAUACCACCCAAACCCUGUUUCUGGAGAGCCAGUUUGGUGUAGUGGUUAAGUGUGCGGACUCUUAUCUGGGAGAACCAGGUUUGAUUCCCCACUCCUCCACUUGCACCUGCUAACAUGGCCUUGGGUCAGCCAUAGCUCUGGCAGAAGUUGUCCUUGAAAAGGCGGCUGCUGUGAGAGCCCUCUCCAGCCCCACCCACUUCACAGGGUGUUUGUUGUGGGGGAGGAAGGUAAAGGAGAUUGUGAGCCACUCUGAGACUCUUCGGAGUGGAGGGCGGGAUAUAAAUCCAAUAUCUUCUUCUCAUAUAAAAAUGAUUAGUUAAGCUACUGUGCAAGAGGCCAAAUAAGAAUGGCUGUCUUUCUACGGUUGUUGCCACACCUGCAAGCCAAGCAACUUUGAGCAAUGGUGAUGAAAAUACUAACUGCUGCUCCAUUGAAAGUAUUUUUUCCCUAGCAUCAAAGAGGAGCCUUUCUUGAAAAACAGACACUGUAUAUAUACACUGCUGGAAUAAAGCCAUGCAGAGGUCAGUCCCAUUGCACUCUAUCUGGUGUGGAUGGCAUUUAACUAGAUCAAAAAGCAGCCUCCCAUUGGAGGCUAUCCACCCAGAAAGUUGUAAAAAUAGAAUUUAAAGGUAACCAGUGCAUGUGCACCCUCUUGCAAUAACUGGAGUGACUGACUCAAGUGUGGACAUUCACUAUCUGUGAAUCGACCUUGUCUACAGCUGUAUUAUAACAAGCUUUCACCCCUUUGUAUCUAAGUGAUCUUAUUUUUGUGCACAUGUCAGUCCAGAUAUUUUACCCGAAAUAGCUGGUCCUUUUUCGGAACUAGAUGUAUAGUAUUUUGUAUAUAUUCCAAAAGUUCCCAGUGGUGGAAAUAAAAGAUCUAUUUUCUAUUUAUUUAUUGCCAAGGCACUAUGAGAAUUUAAGCUGAAUGAGCUGUUCCUGGGUUGAAAGGACUCAGAAAUACAUUCCUUCAGAUAAUCCGCUUUGCACUUGAAAAUUCUUAACAGCUGCAGAAUGUGGAAUUCUACUGGCAGCUGGUUUUACGACAACAAAAACUCUCGGAACAUUGCUUCAAAAUGUUUUUGCUUACCAACUUAGUAUUUAGUUGUUUUGGAAUACACCACAUUUAUUGGAAUAAAAUUUCAAUGCAACCUUACAA